AUAUAACGGUGGAAAACAUCCCAUACUGUUCAUCUUGUGUGAGAGUAAUUAACCUGCACCGCUGCUUUUUGGAGACACUCGCUGAGACCUGUUGAAGAAUGAAUUCCAGGAUGGAGAACAAGUCUUAUGUGGUUCAGAUGAAUGGAAAUGGAGUCCACGGCAAAAGCGCUGUCAAUGGCAAAAGCCUGAAUGGAAGCGGAGUCAAUGGGAAGGCAGUACACGGGAACGGCAUCCAUCACGUCAGUGUGAAUGGCAGCUUGUAUCCAGCCAAGGCCAAGAGCCGCAGGCAGAGAUGGGAAGUGAAGCCCUCAGAAAUGGCCAACAAAACACUCAAUCCCAUCAGAGCCAUUGUGGAUGGGAUGAAGCUGACUCCGAACCCAGAGAAACCCAUGAUCGCACUUUCCAUAGGGGAUCCCACUGUGUUUGGAAACCUGCCUACAGACAAUGAAGUGCUGCAGGCCAUGAAAGACGCCAUCGACUCACAAAAAUACAACGGCUACGCUCCUUCCGUUGGUUAUUUGAAGAGCCGACAGGCAGUGGCCAACUUCUACAGCUGCCCUGAGGCUCCCGUAGAGGCAGAGGAUGUGAUUUUGACCAGUGGCUGCAGUCAAGCCAUUGACCUGGCAAUCAGUGUCCUGUGUAACCCAGGGGACAACAUCCUGGUCCCAUGCCCAGGCUUCUCCUUAUAUAAGACUCUGGCUGUGUCCAUGGGCAUUGAGGUCAAACUCUACAACCUUCUGCCAGAGAAGUCAUGGGAAGCUGACCUGCAACACAUGGAGAGCCUGAUUGACGAGAGGACAUCUUGUCUGAUUGUUACGAAUCCAUCCAACCCGUGUGGCUCUGUCUUCAGCAAGGAACACUUACAGAAAAUCCUCAAAGUGGCCUCCAGACACUGCGUUCCCAUUCUGGCUGAUGAGAUCUACAGUGAUAUGGUUUUCCCUGGCUGCAGUUGUCCCUCCAUGGCAUCUCUCAGCAGUGACGUUCCCAUCCUUUCCUGUGGUGGCUUGGCUAAGCGCUGGCUGGUCCCUGGUUGGAGGUUGGGAUGGAUCCUCAUCCAUGACAGGAAUAAUAUAUUUGGAUCCAAGAUCCGAGAGGGUCUGGUCAAACUCACUCAACGUAUUCUGGGAGCCUGCAGUAUCGUCCAGGGCGCCCUGGAGAGCAUCCUCAACAACACACCUCAAAGCUUCUACAACAACACCAUCAGCUUCCUGAAGACCAACUCUGAGAUUUGUUUUAAUGAGCUGUGCACCGUCCCUGGCCUGAACCCUGUCAUGCCCUCAGGAGCCAUGUACCUCAUGGUGGGGAUUGAAAUGGCUCACUUUCCAGAUUUUAAGGAUGAUGUGGAAUUCACUGAGCGGCUGGUGACUGAGCAGUCUGUCUUCUGUCUGCCUGCCACGGCCUUUGAGUAUCCCAACUUCUUUCGCAUUGUGGUGACGGUGCCGGAGGAGAUGAUGGUGGAGGCUUGUGGUCGCAUCAGAGAGUUCUGCCAGCGCCACUAUCGGCCCCGCAGCAGUGACAGCAAUGAUCUGGACCAGUGAUGCAACAGAGCUGGACCAGCCAUAAGACAUGAGCCUCGACAAUAGAAGAACUGUCCUCUAGUCACAGAUACUGAGCAGGAAUCAGCUUUGAAAUUUUAUUCCAUUGUGUUAUGAAGUUAGAGAUGUAGAAAUCCGAUGUCAAAAACGGUGUUAAUAUUUCAUCAUCGCUGUGGCAACAAAAAACUAGGAGAGCAACAUAUCUUAUGGUCCACUGAGCAGACCUAAUAUUUAUAUUUUAUACAACUUAUAUUAACCUCUUCUUGUGUACUUUGUGUAUUUAUAUAAUUUGUGAAAUGCUUUGUAUGCCUUUGUAAUGUAACCUCUUUGAUAUUAACCACAGGAUUGUAAAACGUACACUCUGUGCACACCGGCUGGCUUCUUUGCUGUCACAAUUAGCAAAGUGAUCAUUUAUUUGAUAAUCCAUUUUUCUAAACUUUAUGUAUUGAUAAUUUUCUGUAUCUUCUACUUUGCUUGUGCUAGAAAAUAACUCAGUGUAGUUUUAGACUGCAUUGGCAUGCUCUUUAUUUCACAACAUUCCCUGUAUGUUGUUUAUAUGUUAAUUGUGUGCCAUAUUGAAUUACAUAUAUAUAUUUUUACAGACGCUAAAGUUUGUUCAGUGGUUUUGUUAAUGCUUGCCUAAUAAAAGCAUGUUGACAUGA